GCUCGGCCGCGCAUUGUUUUGUGCGCCCGUUGCAGCUCUCCGCAGGUUUUUCUCGCUCCUGAUGUCUUCUUGAACGAAAGCCGGCCGAACCAUUUGCUCCGGAUACCCCUACCCUCGCCUGGGUCUUUUUAUUUCCGGCUUGCUCGCGCACUUCUGAUUCAUCAACCCAGGCCAGCUCGACGCUCUCGAGUUUUGGCUGCGGAUUCCGUGGAGGGAAUUAAUUGGGCCACGGAACGAGGGGUUGCUGAUACCUAACCAACCCGCAGCUGCCCACUGGCCCCGACACAACCAUGGGCGCUGAGGGCAAAAAGAGAUCCGCGCCGCCGCUGCCCGCGCCUACGGAAACGAAUUCAACGCUUCUAACCGCUCCUCCGAGUGACGUUGGCACCGAUGUGUCCAAACCCGGCGAUGACAAGUCAUCCUACUCCCUUCCGGAUGACGGGACCCCCGUCACCAUCAAGACAGGCCACCGGACCAGCAAGUCGCAGACAUCGCUUCUCAUAGAGUACUUCGAAGGUGGCAAGGCAAGCAGCGCGUCUGGUGCCGAACAUCGGAAGCCCAGUGUCCGCGUCCGCCUCACGCCGAGCAGUAAACACCGGUCAAAGGGCGGGUCCGAUCGGGACCGCAUCGAAAUCACACAGACAAGGUCGAGGAGAGCGAGUCUCAGUCGUCGUUCUGCUCCCACCGGUGCCCCUGCGCGGAGCGAAGCCGAGGGCCUCUCGGCGGCCGGCGGAGACAUGGAAGACGCCAGCUCGUAUGCUUCGGCGACGGAGGAGAGCACCGUGAGUCGCAACCCAAUCGACAUCGAGAUUGACCGCAGUGGCAACGUGCGCCGCCGCCGGCCGGCGAGUCCGUUGAUCCCAGCCGCCGACAGCAAAGGCAGCUACCAGGCACCCACCAUGAGUGAGCUCUCGGCGAUCCCGGCCGACAGCUUCCUUGACGGGUCGGGGCCCACCACCUCGUUCGGAACGUCAGACGUCAAGAGCGCCAGCAGGAGUCGGAGCCCUUCUCGCGCGGGUGAUUACCUUCUUGGAGCUGCCGCGGGGUUGGGGGCCGCUGCCGCCGCCGAUAAAUUUCGGAACAAGAGCCGUGAAGACCGAGAGAGAGACAGGGUGGUCGUGUCCAAAAGCCGAGACAAGGAGAGGGAUCGCAAGCAUCGGCCUAGCAAAAGCAGGACCGCCAGUCUCUCCAAGGAGGAACACUAUGUCGAGCGUUCCAAGUCGCCGCGCAGAAGAUCCAAGGGCCACAACGAGUCGGCCGUCUCGGCCGCGGAUUCCAGCGUCGUGUCAUCUGCCUUCUCCCCGAGCCAUCGGUCCGCUGAUCAACAUUCGAUUCGCUCGGGCACUUCCAAGGCCUCGUCCAUCAACAAUCCCAAAUUGCUCGAGACCGUCGAGGAUGCCAUUCGCCGUCUGAUCCUGCCGGAACUCAAUGCUCUGAAGAGGGAGCAGAGCAGACACAAGAGUCGCCGUGAUUCGACCACCUCGAGCACCACGACUGGCUCGCGGGACGAGUAUGCCAGCGACAGACGGCGAUCCGCCGGGGUGGACAAGACUUUGGGAACCCCGCGAGAUAGCAUGAGGAGCAAAGAGAGCCGGGAUCGGGAGGCCCGCAAUGACUUCGACGACAGCAGCGCUCUGAGCCACGACUCGGUGGAGGACGACCAAGACAUCGACGACACUCCAAUGCGCAGUACCGACCGCCUCAAGGCGGCCGCUGCAGGAGCUGCUGUGGGCGCGGCUGCUGUCGCUGCCCACGAUGCGUUCCAAUCACCCUCAGACGACAAGCAACGCUCCAGGCGGCGACGCAGGGCCGAGUUGCGGAGCCGCGGCUCUGACCACGCUCUCGAGGACGAAGAGUCCGAGCUAGGACCCCCCGUUCCACCGAUGCCAUUGAUGAGCGACGUGAACGCGUCCGAUGUCACGAGGGCAUCGAUCCGCUCAGCCGAAUCCGAUCGUCCCCACUCGGCCACCGAAGAGCUCACUCCCGGCCGUGAGUUGGGCAAUGAUCAUCCGUCUCCCUCGUCGACUCCGACGCCGACCAGGACCCCGGUCACCCUGCAGGCCCUGGGGACCCAGCACGCCAAUGUCUCGCACGGAGAUCUCAAAGCAUUGCCCAACCAACGAACCGGGAAGUGGGACGAGUAUGUCAUCGACGACAGCGGCAAGAAAGUUCCUUCGCGCGCCUCUAGGCACUACCAGGAAGAAGACGACGACGUAUAUGACGACUCUGGCUCCGCCCCUCCAUACGCGCCCCAGAGCCCCUACGACUACUACAGCACGCAGGAUGUGCCUCCGCCGCUCAAGUACGUCCCCUACCAGCCCGAGCGGCGCGGCCUUAGCCCGAUCCCGAGUGUUUCUGGUUACACGGAGGCCGGCAGCGAGGCUCCCGCCCGCGAGGCGAGGGCCACCCAUCGCACCAACGAUUCCGUCUCCUCCGCUGAGAGGUCGCCUCGGCAAGACGUAUCCAUGCACUCUCGACCUAGCGGCGAAUAUGCGGAGGACGACCGCAGCGCGAGAAGCUCGGCGGUCGAUCAGGGCGCUGUCGCGAGCCCCGCAGGCAGCGAGUUUGACCGGGUCACAUCUGGCCAGGCCGUCCGUGCCGUGGGCUUGAACCCUGAUUUUGUGCACCCACCAGGCAUCGAGUCAAAUGUGGCAUCGCUCGUCGACGGAUCUAUGCUCGACGGCUCCGUCCUCACUGGCUCCUCCAGCGCGGUCGGCAAUCAACCCCAUAACGGACGCGAGUCGAUGGCCACGCUCGAGGAGGAACACUCUCGCGAUCCCGGCUCCCCGACGAAGCGGUCUGCGGCGAGCUAGCACGACGACUACGCAGAGGAGCGGUCGUUGUCGCCGGCUCCAGCUUCUGGGAGCCAGCAUUCUCGCGAGUUCGUCGAGUAUGAGCUUGACGAGU